AUGGGAAGUAAUAAGGCUCCUGGGAUUGAUGGUUUCACGUAUGAAUUUUUCAAGAGUUGUUGGAACACUUUGAAAGAGGAUAUUAUGUUUCUUUUUAAGGACUUUCAUAGGUUGAAGUCUAAGAAACCUGACAUUCUUUGUAAGAUCGAUAUGGAGAAGGCUUUUGAUAAUGUUAACUGGAAUUUCUUAUUCACAAUUUUGAAAAAGCAUUACUUUGGGGAUAAGUGGAUAUCAUGGAUUAGAUGGUGUGUUUCUUCUUCAAAUUUAUCUGUUCUAGUUAAUGGAAGUUCAACCCUAGUGGUGGAAAUUCUGUCUAAAUCGAUUAAUGAUGCCGUUGAGAGAUGGCAAAUUACGGGUUUCAAAGUGGUGGAACAAGGUACUAUUAUCUCUCACCUUCAAUUUUCCGAUGACACUCUUAUCUUCAUUGACACAAGUGUGGAAGAAGUAAGAAGACUGCUAAUUAUUCUAGCUGUUUUUGAAACACUUACUGGUUUGAAGUUGAACCUGGAGGAAAGUAUCAUGAUUAGUAUAGGUGUUGAAGAGGUUAUUAACUUUCUUGCAAUAGAACUAGGGUGCAAGACAUAA